ACCCCCAGGGAUUGGGGGCUGGGUGGGUGAAGAUGUCUGGCUGUUAAAACUGCCUGGCUGGCUGGUAGGCAAGUGUGCGUGUGUGCGGGUGUGUGCGUGCGUGCGUGCGUGGGGGAGCGCGCCCUGGUGGGGAGGGUAUGAGGGAUGCCAGGGUUUCCGGCCUGGUUCUGAAAGGAGGCUCCCCCCGGGGACUCGUCUCUGCCCCCUCCUCUGUUGCAGCGGCUUACAAGCAUGCAGACGGCAAGAAGAUUGAUGGCAGGCGAGUGCUGGUGGACGUAGAGAGAGGCCGCACGGUGAAGGGCUGGAGGCCCCGCAGACUCGGGGGUGGCCUUGGGGGCACCAGGCGAGGCGGGGCCGACGUCAACAUCCGGCACUCGGGCAGGGAUGACACUUCGCGCUACGAUGAGAGGCCUUGUCCUCCAAGGGACCGGGACAGGGAACGUGAGCGGGAGCGCCGAGAGCGGAGCCGUGAGCGGGACAAGGAGAGGGACCGGAGACGUUCCAGGUCCCGGGACCGCCGGCGGCGCUCCAGAAGCCGGGAGAAGGAGGAGCGGAGACGCUCUCGGGAGAGAAGUAAGGACAAAGAGCGUGAGCGGAAGCGGCGGAGCAGCCGGAGCCGAGAGCGGGCCCGGCGAGAGCGCGAGCGCAAGGAGGAGCCUCGGGGUGGGGAGGGCCCCGAGCCCCCAGAGGCAGGCGAUGCUCCUCCUGACGAUGGGCCCCUGGGGGAGCCCGGCCCCGAUGGACCAGACGUCCCCGAAGAGAAAGGCCGGGACCGGGACCGGGACCGACGCCGCAGCCACCGUGGUGAGAGGGAGCGGCGGCGGGACCGGGAUAGAGAUCGCGAGCACAAAAGAGGCGACCGGGGUGAAAGGCGGGAUGAAGCCCCCCGCGGUGGGGGUGGCGGCGGUGGCAGCGGUGGCCAGGACAACGGGCUCGAAGGGCUUGGGGCUGACGGGCGGGACCUCUAUUUGGAGGCCGACGCGGGCGAUGGCUAUCUGGCUCCUGAGAAUGGCUACCUGAUGGAGCCAGCGCCAGAGUGAGCGAGCAAGAAUGAACCCCCCUCCCCCCAAAAAAGAAAAGAAAAAAAAGACCACCAGCCCUUUUUCUCCCAAUCACGUGAAUGUGUCCCUGCCCCUGCUUCCCCUACGGCCCUCUCUGUCCAGACCCUUCUGAUUAUUCAAUAAAAUGGAUUUCCUGCGGA